AUGGGACCGCAAGUGGAAGAGGAGGGGUCAAGACUCCAAAGAGGGUUGCAAAUAGGUGUGGCCCGCGUUUCCACCGCCUCCCUGGGCCGCUUCCAGCCCCGGCUCCCCAAGGAGCCGCCCGCACCCCCGCCCAGGGGCGGCAAGAAGCGGCGUUUCGAGCCGCUGCUGGGUGACCUGGCGGCCGAGAGGAGCCGGCAGCUGGAGCUGCUGCGGGGGCUGGGCAGCAAGAAGCCGCCGCUCGACCUGACCCGCGCCGUCAACAAGCAGCUGCGCGAGGAGGACGCCCAGGCGGCCGCGGGCAAGGGCAGGAAGCGCGGGCAGCGGGGCAAGCGGGGCCGGCAGCGCCCGGGAGGCGGCAAGGGGCCUGCGGGCGGCAAGGGCAAGAAAGGCGGGGCCCGGCGGCGGCAGCAGCAGCGCCCGGCGGGCAGAAAGAGGAGCUGAGCUGGGCGCAGGGCUCCUCCUGCCGGACACUGAGCCCGGAGGGACGCGGGGGCUGCCGCGGCCUCUGGGGGGCUCGUGGGACACUGAGCUGCCGCCUCCUCCGUCCCGUUCCGAGGGGCUGCAUGGGACUGAGCUGUGCUGUCUGUAGCUGCUACGGACCCCAGGGGCUGGCUUGCUCCCCUGCUGGGGAUCCCCUUCUCGCCCCCCUAUUUAUCAAUAAAACCUGCCUUUGUCAAAA